AUGGAGACUUCUAUGUACAAUCCAUAUCUACUCGUGACAAAACUAGGCGCUGAGAGCUUCAGCCUAGUGGGCAUGCAGACUAAUGACACACUCAUCAUCGCAAUAGAAAAGUUUGCUAGGGGUGAGGAGCAAGCACUACAGGAAGCGGGAUUUAAAGCCAAACCCAAAACCCAAUUGUUGCAGGAUACUUCUUUAGAAUUCAAUAGCGCAAGGAUUAUUUUAGAGCAGGACAACGUUUUCAUGCGAACAACAGAUCGCGCGCAGAAGUACAUUGAGCAACGGGCACGAAGGGCUUACCUCGCGUCUAUCUGCCAACCAGAGGCUUCUUAUGAUCUUGCCGUCGCGGCCCAGUUGCAGGAGAAGGACCGAUCUGAAGACAACUAUUUAGCAUUGAAUAAACGCCUCAUAUGGCAAGCCGAGAAUCCUGAACGAGGUCUUAGAUUUAUCCCUCUUGAUCUAACAAAGGUAAAGAUCAUAAUCUUUAUCAAUGGAUCCUUCGCCAAUAACCGGGAUCUGACCUCCCAGAUUGGCUUUAUGAUUACAAUAGUCAAUGAGGACUUCACCGAGGAAGGCCGUUUCAUCAUAACCGGGAAUAUGGUCCACUGGGCCUCAUCCAAAUGCAAGCGCGUCACUCGGAGUGUACUGGCCUCAGAAAUCUAUGGAUUGUCGACUGGAUUUAAUCAUGCAAUCACUCUGGCUAGCACUGUCAGGAUGAUCACGGAUCGUCUCAACAUGCCCGCAAUCCCUGUCGUAGUCUGCACCGAUAGCUACUCACUAUAUGAGUGCCUCGUUAAGCUUGGGACGACCAAGGAAAAGCGUCUUAUGAUUGACCUUAUGGCGCUUCGACAAUCAUAUAAAAGACGGGAGAUUGAGGAGAUACGCUGGAUCCAUGGAGACAACAAUCCUGCGGACGCUUUCACGAAGGCGAACCCAAAUGGAGCCCUGAGAGACUUCAUUGACAAUAAUAAAUUGACAAUUCAUGUGGAGGGGUUCGUUAACAGAACCAAGCAGGACUUGGGGGUAGCCAUUGACGUUGUUUGA